AUGCCCAAAAGAUUUGAAUCACCAGUCAUCUCUGAUCCAAAGUCAUGCAGGGGGAACAGCAAGACCAGGAGGCCAAGAACGUCAAGGGAAGAUCGUUUCUCAAAGAGCCCCAGCAUGAAUUCAAAUGAAGGGGAAAAUCAAGACGAGACCCUCCAAAUUCAGUCAACGCCCAGUGGGAAGAAGUACAUCUUUCGUUUGAACAACGUGGCCAUGGUGAACAUUGAUGAGAAUGAAGUGCUAGAAGUAAGCUCAGAUGAGGAUGAUGGAGAAUACAAUCAUUUUGGCAAUCGGGGAGGAAAGAUAAACUCACCGAAUGACGACCUCGGUUUCAACUUCUCGACCGACGAGAUUCUGAAACUUGCGAAUGCCAUGACGAAUGUUGGAGGCAUCCUGCAAUUCGAUGAGAUUGAAAGUCCUGUAGAAGCGGGGAAGGAUAACAGUACCACAGACAGCAGCUCAUCAAAAUCAAGCUCAGAAUCUCACAAAGGUGAGAUGGAGACGAUGAUGCUUUCUCGCGCUGCGAGAAUGGAUGCAGAGCCUGAACUAUUCGUACACCAUUCAAUCGAGUUUUCUCACGAUGACUCUCGCCAUGAGCACACUGCCAGUGUCAGAGAUCCAGGCAGCAGCGAUCUUCAAGCGCCAAAUCAGUCAGAGGAAGUUGUACUGCAUAAGAUGUCAAGACCAAACCUUCACAAGCCCGAAAGUGAAACAUUCGAACAAAGAGCGUCAAUACAUGAAAGAGUCAAUGGGAGAACUGGAAGGAGGGAAAAGAGCGGUAUUGAAGAAUACAAACACGGCACGCGGCUAGAAAAUAAGACAAAGACUCAGCCGAUUCACAGCGAUUCUUUUCAAUCGUCUAAACAGUCAAGCUCACAAAUAACGACUAAUCAACACAUUGUGACCACGACAAAGCGAUCGCAAGGAGUCAGCGCAUUAAGGGAAAAUUCAAAGCAAGUGCCAACUGUACACCUGCAGGGUAAAGAGGAUGGACUGGCAGGCAACGAUUAUUACGCAGAAAGCAGAUUGGACAACAAAUCAACGCACAAAGCAUCAUUUCAGGAGCUAUACCACAGCAAAACUGACCAAGAUAAGAUGUCGAUCCAAGAAAAACAAAAUGAAAACAGAAAGCUCAAGGAACAACAGAUGUAUGAAUCAAAUUACAAUGGAAAAGUGAAGGCUGGAGAGAUGAGAGAGGAGGAAGAGCUGGAAGACCCGCCCGCAGCUCACACUGACUCAACGCCCGUUGCCAGGCAGGCCCCUCAUGUCGGGGAGCGGGAAGCUCAGGUGCACGAGGCCUCAGCGGCAGACGACGCGCGUGAGGGCGACGAUGAGCCCGGAUUGACCCGUGAGGACCACGCGACAGGCUUGAGGGGGGAGGGCUCGGCGCAUCAGAUCACGCAAGACGAGGAGGCAAAGGCUGACGACAAGACGCAGAAAGCAGAUGUAGAGGAGCAAGCAUCGCCGAGGCAGGAGGCGUCAGCAGGAGAAGGCGAGUUGAGGGACGCGAGUAUCGCUGAGCACUCGAGGUAUCCGCCUCAGGCAGUGGACCUCCUGGCAGCUGCACAUGGAGGGAUUUCCGACCACCCCGCUUCUCGAGAGACCCCGGCGACAAGCGAGCAAGCUACCGAUGCGCUGCAGGUCAAGGCAGGCAAGCAAACUAAGAAGCCAAAGCAGCCCAAGGCUAAGCCAGCAGCUGGUGAAGUCAAGGCUGGAGAGAUGAGAGAGGAGGAAGAGCUGGAAGACCCGCCCGCAGCUCACACUGACUCAACGCCCGUUGCCAGGCAGGCCCCUCAUGUCGGGGAGCGGGAAGCUCAGGUGCACGAGGCCUCAGCGGCAGACGACGCGCGUGAGGGCGACGAUGAGCCCGGAUUGACCCGUGAGGACCACGCGACAGGCUUGAGGGGGGAGGGCUCGGCGCAUCAGAUCACGCAAGACGAGGAGGCAAAGGCUGACGACAAGACGCAGAAAGCAGAUGUAGAGGAGCAAGCAUCGCCGAGGCAGGAGGCGUCAGCAGGAGAAGGCGAGUUGAGGGACGCGAGUAUCGCUGAGCACUCGAGGUAUCCGCCUCAGGCAGUGGACCUCCUGGCAGCUGCACAUGGAGGGAUUUCCGACCACCCCGCUUCUCGAGAGACCCCGGCGACAAGCGAGCAAGCUACCGAUGCGCUGCAGGUCAAGGCAGGCAAGCAAACUAAGAAGCCAAAGCAGCCCAAGGCUAAGCCAGCAGCUGGUGAAGUCAAGGCUGGAGAGAUGAGAGAGGAGGAAGAGCUGGAAGACCCGCCCGCAGCUCACACUGACUCAACGCCCGUUGCCAGGCAGGCCCCUCAUGUCGGGGAGCGGGAAGCUCAGGUGCACGAGGCCUCAGCGGCAGACGACGCGCGUGAGGGCGACGAUGAGCCCGGAUUGACCCGUGAGGACCACGCGACAGGCUUGAGGGGGGAGGGCUCGGCGCAUCAGAUCACGCAAGACGAGGAGGCAAAGGCUGACGACAAGACGCAGAAAGCAGAUGUAGAGGAGCAAGCAUCGCCGAGGCAGAGGCGUCAGCAGGAGAAGCGAGUUGAGGGACGCGAGUAUCGCUGA